GCUGCGGCUGUUCCUGGCCAAAAAGUCUCGCUCUCUUAUUUAAAGCAGGUGUCCUCACUGCCCACACGGCCCAGAGGCCCCGGCUCCCCUUCCUGCGCCCGUCCGGGCAAGGGCUGCGCCAUGCCCAGCCUGGAGCCGCGAGGCUGCCGGCUGCUCGCUCCCCCAGCCACUGGGGUCCAGCCCCCGCGCUCAGACUGCUCUCCACCGCGCGCGAUCCCCGCGCUGCCGCGCAGCUCGGCAGGCCCAGGCGCACCCCGCGCGCCCGCACGCCUGGAGUCCUCCUUCUCCGUCGAGGCCAUCCUGGCCAGACCCGACCCCCGCGGGCCCGCGGCCUCCCCACUGUCAGUGCCCCCUGGCGCUGCCGCGGGCCUCUGGACUGCUCCCCCGAGGCCUCCCGUCCGGAUCCUGCCCGGCGCGUGCCCGGGGACCGGGCCGUCCGCCUACCUGAGCGCGGGGCUCGACCUGCCUUGUCCCCAGCACCCUGGGCUGCGGCUGCGCGCGGCCCACUUCUGCGGCCUCCAGGGCCUCGGCGUCACAGGACUGGACCUGGCUCACUGCCUAGGUCUCUGGGGUCCCCGAAACUGGACCCCAGUUCAGGACCUUCAGGACACUGAGAGAUCUCAAAAGCGGGUUCGGACCAUGUUUAACUUGGAGCAGCUGGAAGAGCUGGAAAAAGUGUUUGCAAAACAGCACAAUCUGGUGGGGAAGAAGAGAGCCCAGCUGGCAGCCCAGCUCAACCUUACAGAGAACCAGGUCAGGGUCUGGUUCCAAAACCGCAGGGUCAAGUAUCAGAAGCAGCAAAGGCUGAAGGUACCAACUGCAUCUGCCAUGGCUGCCUCCCCGGAUGAGCCCUCCAGCAGCUCCGAUACCAGCGUCCAGAGAGAAGACACAGAGCCAGGAAUGGAUAGCUGAGGAUGGGGACAGAGGCUCAGCUCAGGCUGUCUGGGCUGGUUCUUCCUGGGGGCACCCACUGGACCUCCCUGUUUCACUUCUUAAUGAAGAGCCUUGUGAAGUCAAAGGGCAUCUUGACUCAGGAGUCUGAACUGUAAAGCAGGGGCCCCUUUUCUGUAUCAACACCUGGGAGCAGUAACAAUGAAAAUGGUCAGGGGCACAGGCUUUGGCCUUCAGCUUAUGUCCUUGACCAAGUUAUCAAACUUGUGAGGCUUUUUUUCACCAUCUGUAUAUAGGUGUGUUGACAACUUAGACCUCCCAGGCUGAGAUGACAUCUGUAAAACACGGUGUGCCAGGUCCGGUACUAAGUGUGAAGUGACUAUUAAGGCUUGAGUAGGACCUGUGCCACCCCUGGCCUCUCCAGGGAUUAAUCUUUUCCUGGCUGUAGAGGAGAGAGGGCCUCCCUGCAGCAGUAUCUGGGAGAUGGUGGACAUGAGAGCAUAGAGGGAGGGGCAGACCACUUAGCCCACUGCCUUUCACAAAAUUUCCCAAAGUUUUCUUGUUUUGUCUGAACUGUUAACCAUUCUCAGAAGGUGCUCAGGCCCAUAUGCCUCCUUGGAGCAGACCUGCUACCCCGAACCCCAAACACCAUCUUUUUCCCUCUAGCUACUUGACCCCCUCUCCAUCUUUAUAUGUAGUAGAGAGAUUUAACUCUGCCUUUGCCCAAACGGGCAUGUUGUCAUGAAUGCUAUUUUAUUAUUUCCCUGCCCCCCUUCACAUCCUGGACUCAUGGCUCCCAUUCCUUCCCAGGAAUCUGCUCAGUUUCUCUCCAAGAAGCAUAGCCAACAACCUACCCUUGUGACGCCUGCCACCGACAUUUCCAGAGCCAAUUUCUCUAGCACUCCUGGCAGGCCUCUGUGGGGGGUAUUCAUUUGGAAUUUUGAAUGACUUCUGGGGGGGUUGAGGUGAGCUGGUGGAAGGAGGCCUGCCUUGCCACCUGGUGGUGAGAAAGAGGGCAUGGCCCACACUGCUCUCCACUGUUUCCUGAGGACUGGGGGAGAGACAGGGAGCUGGGGUGGCCUUGGGAAACCAGCUGCCCCGGAGGUCAUGGACCACCAUCUCUAGGACGUCAGGCUACAGCUGGAGGGAGGCCAAGAUCCAGCUUAGGGAACCCCUCUGUUCCUGUCUUCAGGGAAAUCCUUCCUAAUGCUAGACCCAGCCAACACUGUUAAUCAAAGGAACACAGCUGCAUCUGCCUCUUGCAGGAAUCAUUGGCUCCUUCCCCUGCCCCCCUCCUUUUAAAUCAAUAGUCAGUUACCUAUUCAGCAGUUAUGGAGCACUAUCCAAUCCGUGAAUGUCACCAUGAGACCACAACAUAUGGAGACAAGGGCCCCUUUUCAAGGAGCACAGAAUCAAUUCAAGGACAGGGAAUAAAAUGGAGACAUGGCAGUCAGGCCUGGCUGUGGAGACAGAUGCUAUAGGUCAGUGGUUUGCAGCCUUUUGGGGUCCUGAACAAGAGAACAGGCCCCUCUCCUGCUGUUGGGACAAUGUGCCUAUGCAGACACUUCUGCGUACAAUUUCACAGCUCCUUAGGACCCUCCUGCACCCCCAGGAGGGUCCAAUUGUUGUGCCAAUUAUUGCUCUACAGCAAAGUGACCCUGUCACUUUGUCCCCAGGCUAUAAGGUCCCUAUGCUCCUGAAGAGUUUGACAAAGGCACACAUCCGGCUUGGUCUUUCAAAGGACUGCCCCGCUACCUGUGGAAAAAGGAAAUUCUGCAUCGGACUUUGUAAGAUGGAUAGGCGGGGUAGGCUAGUUCUUCCCCUCAGGUUGAGGUUCAGAGAGGAUAGCAGAAAGCCAGCCUAUUGCUCUCUAACCCGUAGCUGGGUCCAAAGACCCCUUGAGUCAGGACAGGCCACUUGGUGGCAGAGACAACAGAUAUAUCAAAACUACUCGCAUAUGGCUGUGGUACUGGCCACGAAGACAGGCAAAACUGCACCGAUGUAAAAGUACAAAGGCAGGCCCACCCACUCUACAACUGCUUGACCACAC